AUGUCCGACGUUGAGGAGGUCCCCCAGCAGGUCGAGGAGGUCGAGGUCGCCGAGGCCGCUCCCGCCAAGGGCGCUAUGUCCAUCGAAGAUGCUCUCCAGGAGGUCCUCAAGAAGGCUCUGAUCCACGACGGUCUCGCCCGUGGUCUCCGUGAGUGCGCCAAGGCCCUCGACCGUCGCCAGGCCCACCUCUGCGUUCUCGUCGAGACCUGCAACGAGCCCGAGUACCUCAAGCUCAUCGAGGCUCUCUGCAACGAGCACAAGAUCGACCUGCUCAAGGUGUCCGACCCCAAGACUCUCGGCACCUGGGCCGGUCUCUGCAAGAUCGACCGUGAGGGCAACCCCCGUAAGGUCGUCGGCUGCUCUUGUGUCGUCGUCAAGGACUACGGUGAGGAGUCCGAGGGUCUCAACGUUCUCCUCGAGUACUUCAAGAGCCGCUAA